CUCGACAAAAAAAAAGGUAUCCGCCGUUCCAAUCCUGUCCCGUCUUCCCCCCUGUUUCCGCGAGCAAAAUCACCCGUCGCUCUCGCACUCGAGCGAGCUCGCUCGCUCGGCGGGCUGGCGUGACAGGCGGAGAGAGAUGCGACGCCCGCUCCGCCUCCGCCACGCCCUUAUAAAGCCCUCCCCUCCGCCCCACUGCUCCCGCCACUGAGCCGGUCUCCGCCGCCACUCCCGCUCGCCGCCCGCGGCCGUGAGGAGGAGAUGACCGCGUGCUCCAGGGGCCUCGUGGCGCCGCCGUUCGAUCUGGCCGCGCCAUGGCCGCGACGGCCCGUGCGUGGCGCCGCGCGCGCGAUCCGCUGCUGCUGCUACGCCCGGCUGGAGCCGCCGCGGAGCCGGCUCGCCACCAAGGCGGCCGCGGCGGCCUCCCCUGAGCGCGCCGAGGAGCGGCGCGCCGACGGGAACAAACCCGCCGCCGCCCGGGGCCGGCGGCGCGUCGGACUCACCGUCACGCCCUCACUCCCGUUCCCUUCCCCUCGUUCUAGAAGGCAGCCCAAGCAGCACGAUUUCUAUCCACGGUGCACGCCAAGAGGGCCGGCUCCUCAGUCCCGCGACACCCCGCCCAAGAGAGACACUGGUAUUGCUAGUGAGAAGGAAUGGGGAAUCAACCUGCUGGAUGAAGCAGUGAAGGAAUCUGGGACAAAUGAAGAUGGAAGCACCUGGUAUAGGGAGAGCGGAGAAGAUGUUGGCGAGAAUGGGUACCGUAGCCGCUGGGCUAGGAUGGGAGGACAGACUCAUGAUGGUUCCGUUGAAUGGAAAGAGACUUGGUGGGAGAAAAGUGAUUGGACUGGAUACAAGGAGCUAGGUGCGGAGAAAUCUGGGAAGAACGCGGAGGGUGACUCUUGGUGGGAAAAAUGGAAAGAAGUUCUGCACCAAGACGAAUGGAGCAAUCUUGCAAGAAUUGAGAGGAGUGCAGAGAAGCAAGCUAAAUCCGGGGCAGAAAAUGCUGGGUGGUAUGAGAAGUGGUGGGAGAAAUAUGAUGCCAAGGGCUGGACAGAAAAAGGUGCACAUAAAUAUGGAAGGUUAAAUGAGCAGUCCUGGUGGGAGAGGUGGGGUGAACAUUAUGAUGGGCGUGGCUCGGUAUUGAAAUGGACAGAUAAGUGGGCAGAGACAGACUUAGGCACCAGAUGGGGAGACAAAUGGGAAGAGAAGUUCUUUGCUGGAAUUGGUUCUCGACAAGGGGAGACAUGGCAUGCAUCUAUUGGUGGUGACCGCUGGUCAAGAACUUGGGGAGAAGAGCACUAUGGCAAUGGGAAAGUUCAUAAAUAUGGGAAGAGCACAACCGGUGAGAGCUGGGAUCUUGUUGUUGACGAGGAGACAUGCUACGAGGCCGAGCCUCACUAUGGGUGGGCUGAUGUGGUUGGAGAUUCCACGCAACUGUUGUCGAUACAACCUGUUGAAAGGCCACCUGGAGUAUUCCCAACUUUCACCUGCGCCGCCCAAGGCAGCACCUGCCAGUCCGCCAUCGGCUACGUGGCCCCCAACGCCACCACCUACGGCGAGCUCCUCGCCCGCUUCAACACCUCCACCCUGGCCGACCUCCUCGGCGCCAACAACCUCCCCGCCACGACCCCCUCCACCGCCCGCGUCCCCGCCAAGGCCACCGUCCGCAUCCCCUUCCGCUGCCUCUGCGCCGCCGCCGGCAACGGCGCUAGCGUCGUCGGCCGGUCCGACCGCGUCCCCGUCUACACCGUCCAGCCUAACGACUGGAUGGACGCCAUCGCACGCAACGUGUUCGACGCUUUCGUCACCUUCCAGGAGAUCGCCGACGCCAACAACAUCCCCAAACCCGACCAGAUUGGCGUCGGCCAGAAGCUCUGGAUCCCGCUGCCCUGCAGCUGCGACCAGGUUUUGGGCUCCGACGUCUUGCACUACGCUCAUACCGUCGCCGCCGGGGAGACCACCUCCGGGAUGGCCGCCAAGUUCGGGGUGCUGGAGUCCACGCUGGUGACUCUCAAUAAGAUCGCCGACCCCAAGAACCUUCUCCAGGGCCAGAUUCUUGAUGUCCCGCUCCCUGUUUGCGCUUCGUCCAUCAGCAGUACUUCGGCUGAUCAUAAUCUGCUGCGCCUCCCGAAUGGAGCUUAUGCGCUCACAGCGCAGGACUGCAUCCAGUGCAGCUGCAGUUCAAACACCUACCAGCUAAAUUGCACCUCCACGCAAGGCAAGGGGUGCCCAGCAGUGCCGCCAUGCAACGGAACACUGAAGCUUGGGCAAACAAACGGCACUGGUUGUGGAUCCACGACGUGUGCUUACAGUGGUUAUUCCAACAGCUCAUCCCUCAGCAUACAGACGACUCUUGUAAGCAACCAGACAACGGCUUGCCAGAACUCAGGAUCUGAGAGGUCCGAGUUCUCGGGGUCCAUGUGGAUGAUGGUAGCUAUCUCCUUCCACAUGGUGCUGAUCUUGAUCUGCUUCCUUUGAUAUUGAAGAUGACAACUCUAGAUGGUAUAUAUAUUUUGAAGAAAAUUCCCAAUAGCAUAUAAAUUUCUCAACUGAUGUGAUUGUUGUUGUAACAUAAAUUUCGAUGACCGGCUUAUCGAGCUUUUUUGUUUCGACUAUUCUUCUAGAGAAUGAGUGGCACUUUGUAUAGUUGCCUGAAUAAAGCAAUGAUAUAUGUGUAACGUUUGCAUCUCGAAAUGCAUUGUGCUCGUUAGAUUCGAUAGUUCCAAUAAAAAUCCCAAGAGCACACGGCUUCGUGACUCA